AUGGGUGUGGUCGGAGAGAGGCCAAAGAAGUGGCUAGAAGACCAUAUGCCACUUAAGCGCUUGAAGACCCUUCGAGUAAGAGGUCACACGGCCCACAUACUGUUCGACGACCGGUACAUCCCGUACCUACGGCGGGCGAAGCUCUUGGCGUUCGUGACCAUGGCGCAGCGACCGGUGCCUCUGUACAACGCCGCUGCUCUGACGGCCCUAGUGGACCGGUGGCGUCCAGAGACACACACCUUCCACCUACCGUGCGGGGAGCUGACGGUCACUCUGGAGGACGUCGCCAUGAUCCUGGGUCUUCCUAUCCGGGGUCAGGCGGUCACAGGUGACACAGCGUCGGGGAACUGGAGGGAGAGGGUCGAGGAGUACCUUGGUCUGGAGCCUCCAGUGGCACCUGAUGGUCAGAGGCAGACGAAGACAUCAGGGGUUCCUUUGAGUUGGUUGCGAGCCAACUUCGGUCAGUGUCCCGCUGAGGCAGAUGAGGCUACAGUACAGCGAUACUGUAGGGCGUACGUGCUGUACAUCUUCGGCAGUAUUCUGUUCCCUGACUCUGAGGUUGACUGGCGCUGA